GAAAUACUAAUGAAUCCCGGACGCGCCUGCAAUCAAUCAAUCAAUCACCCGCCAACCUCCGCAAUAACACCGGCCACCGGCCAACCUCUCACGCUUGCGGACGCACCUCUCAUCGCAUCCGGCCCAAACCCACGCACCAAUCAAUCAAUCGCAAUGGCCUCCACCGCCGGCAACAACGGCAGCAACUUCCCCACCCACACCACCCCCUCCGCCCCCGCCUGGCCCUCCAGCUCCAAGCCCCCUCCACCCCACGACAACAGUCGCCGCCGCCGCCGCUGCCUGUGCGUGUGCCUCCUCGUCACCCUUGCCGUCCUGCUCGCCCUGGCCAUCACCCUGCUGGUCCUCUUCCUCACCGUGCUCCGCGUGCGCGACCCCGCCACGCGCCUCGUCUCCACCCGCCUCGCCGGCGUCGCCCCGCGCCUCACCUUCCCCCUCGUCUCCCUCCAGCUCAACGUCACCCUGCUCCUCACCGUCGCCGUGCACAACCCCAACCCGGCCUCCUUCUCCUACGCGUCCGGCCACACGGACCUCACCUACCGCGGCUCCAAGGUGGGCGAGGCGGAGGCCGACCCGGGCCGCAUACCGAGCAAGGGCGACGGGGAGGUGCGGCUGGCGCUGACGGUGCAGGCGGACCGCCUGGUGGCCGACGUGGCGCAGCUGCUGGCGGACGUGGAGAGCGGGUCCGUGCCCAUGGAGUCCAGCACCAGGAUCCCCGGGAGGGUCACCAUCUUGGGGCUGUUCAAGCGCCGCGCGGUGGCCUACUCCGACUGCCGCUUCGUCUUCGGCGUCGCCGAGAUGCGGAUGCGUAGCCAGGAGUGCCGCGACCACACCAAGCUCUAGCUCUGACGAGCUAGUUGUUUGGUGCGGGUUCACGUGGUGCCAGCCGUGGGCUUGCUUGCGGGUCUUCGUCGGGGUGGGCACAUGAUGAUGACGAUGAUGAUGGCGUCGCGUCGGCAUUCUUCUACGCGUUACGGAGAGAAAUAAAUAGUAUAACUAGGUAGAUUAGCGGAUUUUGUUAUGUCCGUUUUG